AUGAUGCUUAUUAAGCUAGUUAUAGACAGGCUUACUGUGAACGUUGUUAGUGCGUAUGCACCCCAUGUGGGUCUGGAUGAGGAAGUCAAAAGGCUCUUUUGGGAGGAUUUAGAUGAGUUAGUGAGAGGUAUACUGAGUACCGAAAAGAUUUUCAUUGGUGGAGAUUUGAAUGGUCAUAUCGGUACAACUUCUAAUAAUUUUGAUGAUGUCCAUGGAGGCUUUGGUUUUGGGGAAAGAAAUGGCGGCGGGGCAUCUCUCCUGGAGUUUGUUAAAGAUUUUGAAUUGGUAAUUACUAACUCAUGUUUUCUGAAGAGGGGUAAUCAAUUGGUUACCUUUAGUAGCAUGGUAGCUAGGACUCAGAUUAACUACUUACUCCUCCGGAAGGAUGAUAGAGGCCUUUGUAAGGAUUGA